UUUCAGUUUUACUUUAGCCAGUUACUUAGUUAACUACAGUUCAUUCUUAUCUACUAUACAAGAAAACGAUAUGGAAAUAGCAAAAGAAUUAGUAUUAAAUUUAAAACAAAGUAAUUGUUCACAUGCAGGAUAUGGUUUACAAAAAGAAUGCGAAGCCCUUCUUGGUCACAUUUUACAAAAUGUAAUAAAGUCUCAAUUACCAGAAUUAAUUUUUGAAGUAAAAAAUGAAGAAGAUUCCAUUCAAUUUAGAGAAGAAGGAAAUCAACAUUUCGUAAUGGGCGAUGAUAACGAAGCUAUAAAAUAUUAUACAAUGAGUUUGGCAUAUGCAAAUAAUAAUGAACUUAUGUCACAUGCUUAUGCUAAUCGAUCUGCUGCUUUAUAUAGAAAACAAUUGUUUAAAGAAUGUUUGAUAGACAUUGAUGCUGCUUUAAAUCUUGGAUAUCCAGAAGAAAAGAAAAAAUUAAAAGAAAGAGGAAUUAAGGCAAUUGAAGAAAUUAAAAAAAAAUUAAAGCUUACAAAUAAUGAUCAUAUUGAUUCAGAAACAUUUACAAAUAUGUGUUUAUCAGAAAAUAUAAAUAAUGAAUCAGAAAGAUCUUUUACUGUAAAAUAUAAAAAUGGUGAGACAAAACUUUCAGAUAUAAAUAAAAAUUUUAACAUUAAUGAGAAGAAAGAUACAAUGCAUAAUUGGAACGAAAUAUCUGAAAAUAAUAAAGAAAAACAGCCAAGAUACUUAGCAGAUGAAGGUCCUUUAAAAUUAAUUUAUGGUCCUAGUAAAGAAGCUCCAGCAGUCAGUGAUGGUAUCAGCAUUUCUUUUUCUGAAAAAUAUGGCCGUCAUUUAGUAGUUACAAAAGAAUUUAAACCAGGAGAUAUAAUUACUAUUGAAGAUCCAUAUGCAUAUGUUAUUUAUACACAAAGAUAUUAUACUCAUUGUCAUCAUUGUUUAUCAAGAAGCUAUAAUUUAAUUCCUUGUUUACACUGCCCUGUGGCUCAAUACUGUUCAGAAAAAUGUAGAAUAUUAGCUUGGGAAAUGGCUCAUGAUAUAGAAUGUCCAAUUAUGGCAUUAAUUGGAAAUUUACUUCAUGUUGAUAAGGAUAAGAUACGAAUGCUUACCAAAAUUAUUAGAUUUUUGAUCAUAGUAACAGCAAAAGGUAAAAAUAUCAAUAAAUUGCGUGCUGACAUGAAAUUAGCUGAAUCUAAUCCAGAUAAUAGAACUGCAGGAUUUACAGAUGAAGACAUAUUGGAUAGUACCAGUGCACGAUCUGCUUUGAGUCUUGCUACCAAUAUGACAAUGAGACCACUCAUUGGAAUCAGUGCUUUUGCUUGUAUUUCAGCUCUCGCGGCUAUCCUUUUAGCCACACAGACUAAUUUCUUCUGCAAUAAAUAUGAAGUGAACCAAUUAAAAGAUAUUAACAAUUAUUCAGACAUUAUAUUUUGUAGCAGCAUCAUGUUUCGUGCUUGUGUUAUAAUGUCUUCCAAUUGUUUUUCAGUGCAACAAGAGCCAGGAAUUAAAAUAGGUUCAGGAUUAUAUGUAACGAAUAGUUUAUAUAAUCAUUCUUGUGCACCAAAUACAUUUCGUCAUUUCGAGGGGCUGACAAUGAUUACCCGCGCUUUAAAACCAUUAUAUCCUGGAGAUCAAAUAUUCACAAGUUAUGGUGCUGCAUAUGCAUAUAUGACAAGAUCUGAAAGAAGAGAAAAAAUAAUGCAAGACUAUUUUUUUGAGUGCGAUUGUAUCGCAUGUCAAUUUGAUUGGCCUAUAUACGAAAAAAUUUUGCAAAAUCACAUUGGUUCUAUUAGUAAAAAUAAAGAGCUUGUAGGAAAAUUGAAACCUUAUAAACAAAGGUUGGCGAAAAAUAUGUACGAUAUUGAUGCAGUAAAGUCGGUUCUUGGUAUAUUAUAUAAUGAAGUAUCCCAGCCUUGUGAAGAAAUCGUUCAUGCGGAACAAUACCUGAAGAGUUAUUAUUUAGGUAAAUUUAAGUAAAUUUAUUAUGAAUUUGCUUAUAUUAAUUUAUAUUUAUAGCUUUGCUUACCUGUGAGUAUUUAACAUUAUGCUUUAUAUCCUGCAAACCACUUUUAUUUAAAUAUUUUCACUUUGAAUACUUACUUUUUGCUUAUUAAU